AGAUUUAAGGGGACCCCAAUUUAUUGAAAGCUGCUCUGUCUAGUUCCUUUCUUUCUACUUUUGUCACUGGGAAUUUCUUAAAGAGACGACAAUGUGGGAAAGUAUCAAUUUUGAGUUUGUUUGAUUAAUACUUCAAUGGGUUGAAUGACACAUUUCUUUCUGAUUUGCUAGAGCUUGUAUUGUAGCAUAAAAUGGAGGACCCCGAGGUACAACCUGGUGAAGACCCGGUGAUAAAGUCCCUGAAUUUGGAUCACCAGUUUGCUGAAAGUCCGGUGGGAAGUGUGAGUAAGGUUGCUAAGCCUAGGAAAUUUAGUGAAGCAGCAGAGACAAAAGUCUCAACCCCGGCUAAUUCAACCAGGAAGAGAAGUGAUACUAGAAAUGGAACUGAAUUAAGUUCAGGUUUUGCCAAGUCAACUGUAUCUUCUUCACUGAGAUCAUCCAGUUCUGUUGCUGUUCCAAGAAGAAACAGCACAGGGGGCGUGUCUGAGAAGUCAUCAGCCUCUAGUGCAAGACUGCAGAACAAUGCUAGUUCUAUUGCAGGCAAGAAACCCACUGCCCUGUCGGCUACUGAAUCAGUUAGGCGGUCCCUACCUGAAAUCAGAAGAAGUUCACUGCCUUCAGCGGCGACAAAACCCACAUCCAGAGCAAACUUUCCAGAGACCAGAAAGUCAGUUCCAGUGUCUCCGGUGGGUCGAAGUCUAAGUACAUCUACUGCAUCUGAUACAAGCUUACAAAAAACUGUGAGAAAGUCCAGUGUAAAGCCAUCGUUAUCAGCCUCUUCAUCUUUGAAAAGGCUUACUUCUUCAUCAGUGGACAGCACUGCGAGUAGCACAAGUAGAAAGACAAUUUCAAAGCUUUCUUCUCCAGCCACACGCUCGCCUACUGUAUCCAGUGGUUUAAGAGCUGGGUCUCUGUCCACAUCCCUGGAUAGGAGUUCUAAUUUAUCUGGGCGAAAGAAAACGGUGACCCCAGACAGUAGAGAUUCACGUUUUAUUGUUCUUCCCCAGGUGGAGACAAAAGCUGGUGAUGAUGUGAGAUUGGAUCUUAGAGGCCAUAGAGUGCGCAGCCUUAAUGCCAGUGGCUUGAACUUGUCACCAAAUCUAGAGUUUGUUUAUCUCAGAGACAAUCUCUUAUCAACAGUGGAAGGAGUUGAAAUAUUGACACGAGUGAAGGUUCUUGAUUUGAGCUUUAAUGAUUUUAAAGGGCCUGGAUUUGAACCUCUUGCAAAUUGCAAAGCUUUACAGCAAUUAUAUCUUGCUGGGAAUCAAAUCACUUCACUUGCAAGUUUACCUGAGCUACCGAACUUGGAGUUUCUCUCUGUUGCUCAAAACAAGUUGAAGUCCCUUUCGAUGGCAAGUCAACCUCGACUACAGGUCUUAGCUGCCAGCAAAAACAGAAUAUCAACUCUAAAGGGUUUUCCUUAUCUUCCUGUUCUUGAGCAUUUGCGAGUGGAGGAGAACCCUAUACUUAAGAUGUCUCAUCUGGAAGCUGCUUCAAUUUUGCUUGUUGGGCCUACCUUGAAGAAAUUUAAUGAUAGAGAUCUUUCCCGAGAUGAGCUAGCACUUGCAAAGCGUUAUCCUGCACAUACAGCUUUGUGCAUUAGGGAUGGGUGGGAAUUUUCUCGUCCAGACCAUGCUGCAGAUUCUACAUUUUGCUUCCUUUUUGAGCAAUGGAAGGAUAAUUUUCCUCCUGGUUAUCUGCUUAAAGAUGCCUCCAUUGACAAACCUUUUGAGGAGGAUGCUUGUCGCUGUCACAUUGUUUUUGUUCAAGAGAGCACAUUGAGCACUGAUUCAGAUAUAAUCUUAAAGUAUCAAUGGUUUCUGGGGGAGAGAACACUUUCAAAUUUCAUUGCUAUUCCUGAUGCCAAUAAUGAGGUUUACUGGCCGAAGCAUGAAGACAUUUAUAAAAUAUUGAAAGUGGAAUGUACUCCAGUUUUAGGGGAAACCGAUUAUCCUCCAAUUUUUGCUAUAUCAUCUCCCGGUGCGCGAGGGAAUGGAAUUCCAAAGGUUAUAAACCUUGAAGUACAUGGUGAACUGGUGGAAGGUAAUGUAAUCAAGGGUCAUGCUAAGGUUGCAUGGUGUGGUGGGACUCCUGGGAAGGGUGUUGCUAGGUAAGAAUGCUUCUUAGUGUUUUUAGGACUUGCCCAUUACUGAUAUGUGUACGUUUGUGGAUUUCUUUUAAAUAAAUUAUGGAUUUUGGUCUUUAUGUACACACCAGUUACAGAAGAAGGUGCCAAAGGGGAGCCACAGUAUAAGUAUACUGAUUUUGUAAAAGCAGCUCCUCCAUCCGUCAAUAAUGUCCGAAUUGUUGGAGAUGCUGUAGAAGGGAAUGUCAUCAGAGGAGUUGGCAAUUACUUUGGAGGAAGAGAGGGUCCCAGCAAGUUUGAGUGGCUACGUGAGAAUAAGGAGACUGGAGACUUUCUGAUCGUUACAAGUGGUACAUCUGAGUAUACCUUGACCAAAGAAGAUGUUGGGAGAUGCUUGGCUUUCGUAUAUAUACCUAUAAACUUUGAAGGACAGGAAGGGGAAUCUGUGUCAAUAGUCUCUGGUACUGUGAAGCAGGCUCCACCAAAAGUGACAAAUGUUAAGAUAAUUGGUGAUUUGAGGGAGAACAGUAAGAUUACUGUGACUGGUACUGUCACGGGAGGCACUGAAGGUUCAAGUAGAGUACAAUGGCUUAAAACAAAUUCUUCAGUACUUAAUGGUGAGAAUGAGCUUGAAGCACUGAGCACAUCCAAGGUUGCUAAGGCAUUCCGCAUACCUCUAGGAGCAGUUGGCUAUUAUAUUGUUGCAAAGUAUACUCCGAUGACUCCUGAUGGUGAAUCUGGUGAACCAGUUUAUGUUAUAUCAGAAAGAGCAGUAGAGACUCUCCCCCCCAGCCUGAAUUUCUUAUCUAUCACGGGUGAUUAUAAUGAAGGUGGAAUAUUGACAGCAUCAUAUGGCUAUAUAGGGGGCCAUGAAGGAAAAAGUAUCUACAAUUGGUACCUUCAUGAGGUUGAAAAUGACACAGGCAUUUUGAUUCAGGAGGUUCGGGGGCUUCUUCAGUAUCGAGUAACCAAAGAUGCAAUUGAUAAAUUCAUCUCCUUUCAGUGUAUUCCGGUGUGUGAUGAUGGGACUGUAGGUGAGCCAAGAACCUGCUUGGGACAAGAACGCAUUCGUCCAGGAAGCCCAAGAUUGCUAGCACUGCAGAUUGUUGGAAAUGCUGUUGAAGGAACUAUUUUGAGUGUUGAGAAAAAGUACUGGGGUGGUGAAGAGGGAGAUUCAGUUUUUCGCUGGUUCAGGGCUAGUUCAGAUGGUUCUCAAUGUGAGAUUAAUGGUGCUAAUGGCUCAUCAUAUAUGCCAUCAAUUGAUGAUAUUGGCUUCUUUAUUUCGGUCUCAUGUGAGCCUGUGAGAAAUGAUUGGGCUCGCGGUCCCAUUGUUCUUUCAGAACAAAUUGGGCCUAUUGUAGCCGGUCUUCCUACUUGUCAGUCUUUGGAGUUUCUUGGAUCAAUGAUGGAGGGACAACGUUUGAGCUUCAUCGCUUCAUAUAUUGGAGGGGAGAGGGGAGACUGUUUGCAUGAAUGGUUUAGACUGAAAAACAGUGGUAUCAAGGAGAAACGAAGUAGUGAUGAGUUUCUGGAUUUAACUAUUGAUGAUGUGGGAAGAAAUAUUGAAUUUGUUUACACUCCCAUUCGCAAAGAUGGAGUCAAAGGGAAUCCUAGGAGCAUAAUAUCUGAUGAGAUUUCUCCUGCGGAUCCAGUAGGUUUGGACCUUAUCAUUCCUGAUUGCCAUCAGAACCUGGAGAUUGUCCCACUGAAAACAUAUUUUGGUGGACAGGAAGGUGUUGGAGAGUAUACGUGGUAUAGAUCAAAGAACAAAUUAAAUGGGUCUGUAUUGGCAGAUAUAUUUAGUUCUUCUGAAGAUGUUGUUAUCUGUGGUCAGGCAUCCAUGUAUACUCCAUCACUUGAAGAUGUGGAUGCUUAUUUAGUAUUACAUUGGAUACCCACUCGGGUUGACGGGAAAUCAGGAAAGCCAUUAGUUGCAAUUUCCAAUUCACCAGUUAUUCCAGCACCUCCCGUUGUGUCUAGUGUUUGUGUGAAGAAGCUGGAUUCAGGGAUGUACUCUGGGGAGGGAGAAUAUUCUGGUGGCUAUGAGGGGUCAAGUCUCUUUAGUUGGUAUAGAGAAACUAAUGAUGGAACAAUCAUUCUCAUCAAUGGGGCUAAUGCUAAAACUUAUGAGGUUACUGAUGCAGAUUAUAACUGCCGUUUGUUGUUUGGGUACACACCAGUUCGAUCAGAUUCAGUUGUUGGAGAACUUAGGCUGUCUGAACCAUCUGAAAUUGUUUUACCUGAGCUUCCAAUGGUAGAGAUGCUUGCUCUUACCGGAAAGGCAAUCGAAGGUGAUGUACUAACUGCUGUUGAAGUGAUUCCAAAAACUGAAACCCAGCAAUGCGUUUGGAGCAAGUACAAGAAAGAUGUGUUCUAUCAAUGGUUCUUUUCAUCAGAAACAGGGGAUAGAACAUCCUUUGAGCCAUUACCUUCACAACACUCCUGCUCUUUUAAAGUUCGCUUUGAGGAAAUUGGUAGAUGCCUAAAAUGUGAAUGCAUUGUGACCGAUGUGUUCGGAAGGUCAAGUGAGCCAGUAUAUGCUGAGACUGCUCCUAUAUUGCCAGGCUUUCCAAGAAUUGAUAAGCUUGAGAUUGAAGGAAGGGGCUUUCACACCAAUUUAUAUGCCGUGUGUGGCACUUAUUUUGGAGGAAAAGAAGGAAAAAGUAAAAUUCAGUGGCUUAGGUCAAUGGUUGGCAGUCCUGAUCUUAUAUCUAUACCAGGUGAAACAGGGAGGAUGUAUGAAGCAAAUGUUGAUGACGUAGGGUACAGGUUGGUUGCUAUUUAUACACCAGUAAGGGAGGAUGGAGUUGAGGGGCAACCUACUUCUGCAUCAACUGAGCCAAUUGCAGUUGAGCCUGAUGUUUACAAAGAAGUAAAACAGAAGCUUGAUCUCGGAUCCGUAAAGUUUGAGGUAUUAUGUGACAAGGACCGCAACCCAAAAAAGGUUCCAGGAGAAGGGUGUCUUGAGAGAAGAAUCCUGGAAAUUAACAGAAAACGAAUCAAGGUUGUGAAGCCAGGUUCAAAGACUUCUUUUCCUACUACUGAAAUACGUGGAACCUAUGCUCCGCCCUUUCAUGUGGAAACUUUUCGUAAUGACCAACGCCGACUUAAGAUCGUGGUGGACAGCGAAAGUGAGGUAGACCUCGUGGUGCAGUCACGAUACCUCCGAGACGUUAUUGUUCUUGUGAUCCGUGGUCUUGCUCAGCGGUUCAAUAGUACAUCUCUCAAUUCUCUCCUUAAGAUAGAGACAUAAAACUUGGUCAGAAAACACAAACGCAUCAAAAAGCAAUCAAACUGUAGGUUUCCUGUUUAGGUCUGUAUGCUUUCUCUCACCAAAGGUUUUUAUCUGUUUCGGUGCCAUUGUCGUCUUCAUUAUUUUUGCUUGUAAACAGUAUAUAUUAUCCAGUGUUCUGUUUGCACCAAGCAUCGGCAGUGCCGAUGUUUCACUUGUGUGUACAUUAUUAAUUUGAAUGACACUAUUCUAUUGACAAUUGU